AUGGGUGAUCAUGGACAACCACGGAAUAAACGGGGGAAAUACACACUCAUGGCAUGCAAUCGGUGCAAGGAGCGGAAGUCUAAAUGUUAUCGCACUGAGGGAGAUAUUGGUUGUCAAGGUUGUUUUCUAGCCGGAGCAGAGUGCACGUUUUCACAGUUCCCGUCUGGAGCACCCACUGCCAAUUCAGCACGACCAGCAGCGCCAGCCCCUGAACGGGAGCGGCCACCAAGAAGGACAGAAGAGCAAAACACGGCAACAACCAUAACUACAAGCAAUUCAGUCGAUCAAGUUGCCCGCUUGCAAGAGCAAGUAAGAAUGCUCACCGACAGUGUCAACGACAUGCGCAAUCAGUUACAGGCAGUUGCAUCGCCUCCUGCUGGCGGUUCUGGGAGUUUUCAAUCAUAUUCGGCCUUGGAAAAGCAAGACAGAAGCCAGCCCAAGCAACCUCUGUUCGUAGGUCAUACUAGAUCACAAUACAGCUUGGAUGUUGCCAAGACAUCGCUGGUGCAAAUGGGGCUUUCGAGUAGUGACGCACUACAGAACAGUUCCACUACCUCUGCAUUGCCGUCACCGCGCGCUCUGUCGCCUGAACCAGAUGGCCCAGAUUCGCUUGAUGGUGUGCACAAGCCACAGGACGACCCAUUACUCUCCAUACUACCAGUGGAGAUCACUCGCCUAAUUGAUGUCUGGCGCGAGGAAGUCGAGACUAUAUAUCCUUUCUUUGAGAGAGGAGAUCUUGCAAUAGAUAUUGACGGCAUUCUCCGAAAUCUCGCGAGUCCCGAAAAGCAUCUUGAACCUCGUGACAAUGGCUCGGACUCCGGGAGAACUAAAGAUCUAAGAAUACUCAAGACAGUCACUGCGAUCGGCAUUACCAUUGAAGCGCAGGGCAAGAAUGAGUUGGGCCAACGACUCAUUGAUUCCAUCGAGUACACUGGCUCAAGAAUAACUCGUUCGCCAGGUGUUGACCUCAGAGAUUUGCAAUGGCUGGCAAUUCUGAGUAACUACUACUUUCAUUGUGAUGAGGACUUGAUGGCCUGGCGCACCAUCGGCAGCGCUGUGCGAAUGGCGCUUGAGAUGGGACUACACCUAAAGCAAAGCCUCAUGGCUAAUUACACUUCUCCCAGCGAGCGAGCCCUGGCAACGAGAACGUUUUGGUGUGUAUACGCGCUAGAUCGUAGGUGGAGUUUCGGGACAGGUCUCCCAUUCGCCUUAAAUGACAAAGAUCUCGACCCUGAACUGCCAGAACCAGGAGAAGAUCUACAAUAUCUUCGAUGCUUGAUUGGAUAUAGUCGACUUGGAUCUAGGGUCUGGGAAGCUCUCCCUUCAGUCGGCUCAUCUGCAGCAGCAGUACCAUCCGAAACAGUCGAGUAUCUAGACUUUCUCACACACAAGUGGUCAAGCAGCAUCCCGGCGGAUCUUCAAUUCCUUCAUCCCAGACUGGGCUUUAACCCUAGGCCGGCCCCCCGCACUCUCCGCCGCCUCCAAACUUUCCUGUACUUACGCGGAAACCAUAUGCGCAUUCUCAUACACAGGCACCAUGUAUUGUCGUUCAGUCUUGUUAAUGCCGACCUUCGUAGCGCCCGACUCGUCGUUGAUGUUGCCAAGGACACUAUACAGGUUCUGGUGGAUCUCGCCAAUACCAGCGAUAUUUAUGCCAGACAACAACCAGCUUUCAACUAUUUUCUUUUGGGUGCUUUGGCGAUAAUAUUCUUGGCAGUUUGUAACGCUCCAGAGCUCUUCUCGUCCUCGUGCCGUGAGAGUUUUUCCUCAGCUGUUGCCUUGGUGCGUGGGUUCUCUCGUCAAAGCCAUGCGAGCAAGCGACUUUGGAGGAGCAUUCGUGGACUUAUCCCCGCUGUUCGAGCUCUGGGUCUCGAUGUGAAUCAAGACUGUUCUCAGAACGUUACAAAUCAUGUAGAUCAUGUGUUAGACUGCGAACGAUCGGUUUACUUGGCUGCGACAAAUAAUGCAGCCGCUUCCUCUAUGCCACAAGGCACGCUUCAUACCAAGGAACAAGCUCCGCUUGACUUAUCCAUGGCGAUGCCAGAUGGUGGAAUUGCCUCCAUCGGGUCAGUACCCGAUGUUUAUCAGAUCAGUGACGAUCUGAUGGAUCUUUUCGACGCCUUCGAACAAAGCAAGGUUGGUCCAAUAGGUGGCACCAUGGAGCCUGUGGAUUUCAGUCAGCCAGAUGUCUCUGCGGCGUUCCCGACCGAAGUAUCGAGGAGAUUCUUGGAUCUCAUAUAA